AUGACUAGGGAUACUAUUCUCUGCGGUGAUUUCAAUGCUCAGUUGGGUCCUCUGACUGGUGAUGCUAUCUCCAAUGCUCGUGGUAAUGCUCUCAAACCUUGGUUUGACGAACAUUGCUUAUCUGUGCUUAAUGCGUCUUUGGCUUUUGGUGUCAAGACUUAUUCUUCUUUUCGGCAGCAGCAAGAAUUGAGUAGCAUUAUCGAUUUGUUUCUGACAAAUAUUGGUGAUGUUGCUUUGGUGAAUCCUCAACUGGUGGUUGAGUCUGAUCUGUCUCUUGGUUCUGACCAUCGAUUGAUGUCACUUACUUUCGGGUAUGUGCCACCUCUCGAUGACACUGUGGCUCCUGGUGAUUCUGUUCUGGCUCCUCGGCGUCAAUGGAAGCUCUCGAAAUUGACGAAAGAGAAGCCUUUGGGCUUACUCCGUGAAUCCUUUCGAUCUUCUGUUGCUCCUCUGGUUGGUACUCUUUCUGGUUUGGUGUCUGCUCCUCCUGGUGUUCGUCCAGAUAUUGAUGCACUCAACGAUUCUUUGAAUCAAUGUUUGUAUGAAUCUCUGGAUAGUUCUAUUGGUGUGAAAUCUGGUCGUCCUGGCCAUUGGAAGAAAUACUGGACGCAAGAGAUCCAAGACGCUGCUACUGAACGGGAUCGUCUCUACAGUCGAUGGCGGUAUGCCCUUGGGUAUACUAAGAUUGAUUGUUGGGUCUUAUACAAGCAAGCUCAUCGCCGUUUUCGCUCUCUGGUACAGUCUGCUAAGCGCAAGUCCUGGCAUAAGUUCUGUGGUGCUCUGGAAAGAGACUUCUCAAAAGCUACUGCUGCUAUAAAACGCAUCAAGCGCAAUAAAGAGUCUUCACCUACGUACAGUCACCCAGAUGGUCCUGCUGCUUCUGUUGCUACUAUGGGCUCUCAUUUGGCUACGGUCUACGAAGGUGCUCUGUUAAAUACUGCUUCUCGUCCUGCUCCUGUCACCCCUAUGGUCUCUGACUUGCCUUUCUGUCUCCCUGCGGACAUGUCUCUGUUUGAUACUGAUACCUUGGUACUGUGUAUUAAACGUCUGCCGACUCACAAAGCUCCUGGUCCUGACCAUAUCAAGGCUGAGAUGUUAAAAGCUCUGACCUCAGAAAUUGCCCCAGUGUUUCCGAUUUUCAAGAAGGGUGAUGCUUCCGAUCCUGGUAAUUAUCGACCAAUUUCGCUCACUUCGGUGGUGCGUAAGUUGUUUGAGUUCUGUCUCAUGCCGGCUCUGGAUGAACACUCCCCUGCUCUGGAUAUUGCUCAAGGUGGCUUCCGUCCCCAACGUAGUCCUCUGGAUCAAGCCCUCUGCUUGCAUGACUUGAUGCAUGAUUACUUUCUGACUCACCGUCGCUAUCCUGUGGUGGCUUUCUUGGAUAUCAAGUCUGCUUAUGAUACUGUCGAUCGUAGGGUUAUAUGGCAAGCCCUGUCUGGUUCUACACUUCCUCGUCCUGUUCUGGGUCUUUUGAUGAACAUGUUUGACGAUGUCUCAGUCUCAGUCUUGAUUGCUAAUCAUACCUCUGCUGCUUUCUCUCCUGUUACUGGUGUACUUCAAGGCUCAGUACUCAGUCCUCAUUUGUAUUCGUUGUAUAUCAACUCCUUACCGAAUCUUUUGCGUUCUGUUGAUACUGGUGCUACGAUGGUCAGUCCUCCUGGUGCUAGUCGUCCUAUUGCCAUCAAUAGAUUGCUCUUUGCCGAUGAUGUUGCUAUCUUUGGGUCUUUGUCUGGUGUCCAGUCUAUGUUGGAUCUUGCUGCUGAACACUCUGUCUGUCUUGGUUAUAGGUGGAAGCCAUCUAAAUGUGCUGUGCUCGGUUCUCCUGCUGCCCUCUCUGAUGCUCGUCUUACUCUCUACAAUGAGCCGCUGCCGGUGGUAGAUGAGUUUGUGUACCUUGGUAUGCCAUUUCGAUAUAAAGGGCUACAUGCUCCUAGUAUCUUGUCUCUGCGGUCCGCUGGUGCUGUCAAGGUUAUGGCUUUGCUGAACUCUGUUGGUGUCAACCGUAAUGGUUUCUCUCUGCUGCUCUGUUCUCGUCUGUACAAGGCUUUCGUUAGACCCAAGAUUGAGUAUGGCCUCGCUAUAUCUCAUCUUGACUAUCGUACCUUUGAGGCUCUUGACAAGCUCCAAAACCGGCUGGUUGGUAUGUUCGUGGGUGGUUCCUGGUUCAACGUUGCUAAGCACAUUACCUGUCUCCCUUCAAUGAAACAUCGGUAUAAUGUCUUGGCAACUAGGUAUGCUCUUCGUUCUGCUACUCUACCUGAGGAUAGUCUUGUGGUGAUUCUUCGUGGUGCUCUGUCGUACACUCGACUGGAUCGGUACAUCUGUGAAAACAGUUUGUAUAGAUCUCUGCCUGACCCUGUCCCUUCAUUUGCUGGUCUCAAGGCUCACUUCUCUGACUUCUGGCAAGAUCAGGUUGACCAACAACUGGCUGCUGCUACUACUACUGGUAAACAUGUUCUGCUUCGUGCGUGCCGUCCUUCUGUCUCUCGCCCUGAUCCCAUACUGUACUUACCUAUUGGUCGAUCGGCUCGUAGUCGUUUGGUUCGUUGGCGUCUUGGUCGUUUUGCAAACAUGCGUGAGGAAUGUCCCUGCAUGGAUGGAUCUUUCAUCUCUCGAAAUCACUUCCCUCAAUGUCGUGCUUUGGAUCGUGAUCUGUGGGAUGCUCUGCCUGCUGCUCCUCCUGGUGUACAUGUCAUUGACAAUGCCCUGAACAUGCUGCCUAUAAGUGGUUCUGCUGGUCCUCCAGUAUACUGGUCUGCGUUACUAUCUUUGCUUCAUGCAAUCGACUGUCUGGUCCACCCUUUGGCUACUAUCGCCCCUGAUCCUGAUCCCGGAUCAUUGUGGUUCUAUCCUCCCUCUCAUGGCUAA